AUGGUCAAGAUCGACGGACAGACCUUUAUCGUGUCAGGAGGUGCCUCCGGACUGGGGUUCGGAGCUGUACAGGAGAUCGUCGCUGCGGGUGGCUCCGUUGCCAUCAUUGAUCGAGAUGCAAGCGCAGAGCAGAAGGUGGUGAAUGAACUUGGAGCAGACAAAUGCCUAUUUCAUGAGACCGACGUGGGAUCAUCAGAGAGUAUUGCAAAGGCGGUUAGCAACAUUGUGGAAUGGAUUGGAAAAACUGGUCGUCCACUUGGGGGAAUUGUCACCGCAGCUGGAAUCGGAAUUCCAACAAUGGCUAUCUCCGAGGAUGGGGAGCCCUUGAACAUGGAACAUUGGGACACAGUGUUUCGAGUCAAUGUGCGUGGUAGCAUUGCUCUGGCGACACAGUUACUCCCACACUGGACACAGGCAGCCAAAGCGACACCAGAUGCCGAUCAUGGCGCAAUCAUUUUCAUAUCUUCCAUCACCGCGUUCGAGGGUUCCCAUAUGAUGGCGGCUUACUCGUCGUCCAAGGCAGCUCUGAUGGGCGCUGUCUUGCCUCUUGCUAGAGAUCUUUCUCCCCAUGGCAUUCGUGUCGUGGCCAUAUCCCCGGGAGCAUUUCAGACCCCGUUGUAUGAGAGGUUGCCGGAGCCGAUCAAAGCAGAUCAGAUUCGCUCGAUAGCAUUCCCAAAACGCCCAGGCAACCCGAGACAGCAUUUUGCUCCGCUUGUCAAGCAUAUUCUUGAGAAUGAGUAUAUCAAUGGCACCACUCUGAGAAUCGAUGGGUCCAUGCGGACGCCGUGGCCAUAG